AUGGCAGAAAUCUCAACCAAAAACAUCGAAACCAUUGGCUAUGUCGUCCACGGCCCCAAGCAAGACUUUAAGCUCGAAAACAUUGUUCUGGAUGAGAUGCAAGACGAUGAACUCUUAAUUGAUAUGAAGUAUUCUGGUAUAUGCCAUACCGACAUCGUAUUCCAAAAAGGCGAAAUCCAGAUAUGCCCCUACCCAGCCGUCUUCGGCCAUGAAGGCGCCGGCACCAUCCGCGCCAUCGGCCCCAAAGUCAAGAACACAUCCCUCGCCGUCGGCGACUUCGUCCUCCUCUCCAUCAACUACUGCGAGACCUGCCGCUUCUGCCGCACCGGCCACCCGGCCAACUGCACCGAAGGCACGCGUCUGCAUCUCCAUGGCACCAGACCGGAUGGAAGCACGGCGGCGCGGUUGAAGGACAGCGGGGAGAGCGUAAGGUGUCAUUUCUUCGGGCAGAGUAGUUUUGCGAAGACGACUUUCGUGCAGGAGACUUGUGUGGUGAAGCAUCCGUAUCCUGGUGGGGAGGCGGGGAUGUUUGCCCCGAUGGGGUGUGGGUAUCAGACUGGUGCCGGAACGGUGAUGAAUGUGUUGAAGCCGGAGCCUGAGAGCUCGAUUGUUGUGUUUGGGUUGGGUACGGUUGGGUUGACUGCUUUGAUGGCUGCUAAGUACAUGAAGGUCAAACAAAUCAUCGCCGUCGACAUCCAAGCAUCGAAACUCCCCCUCGCCCAAGAACUCGGCGCCACCGACCUCGUCAACGUCCGCGAGGUCCCGGACGUCGUCGCCGAAAUCAAACGCCUAACCAACAACAUCGGCGCCGACUACGCCAUCGACUGCACCGGCGUCCCCGCCGUCAUCGAACAAGCACUCAACUGCACCGGCAUGUUUGGCAAAACCGCCACCGUCGGCGUAGCGCCCACAGGCGCCAAAGUCAACAUCGAUCCACUGCAGUGGCUGCUGUAUAGCAAGACUUAUGUUGGCGUGAGGGAAGGGGACUCGGUGCCGUCAGAGUAUGUUCCGAAGUUGGUGGAGAUGCAGAGGGCGGGAGAUUUUCCGGUGGAUAAGAUUGUGAAGAUGUAUGACUAUAAGGACUUUGGGCAGGCGUUGCAUGAUUUGGAGGAAGGGAAGGUGGUUAAGCCUGUUAUUCAGUGGUCAUAG